CUCCCCGUCUCUCUCCAUCUCCACAGACCUCCCUGCCUGCUGAUCAGAAUGAGUGAAUGACAGGCAAGCAAACAAGCCAAUCAAGAGCGAGUGGUACCUCAGACCUCACUGCCUCAUUGGUCAGCUACAAGAACAGCCCGGAACAGGGUCACUUCCUGUUCCCCGUACGGUGCCACAGUGAAGCCUGAGCACAGAGCUGUGAAGGAGGAGCGUAGUGUGUGUGUGUGUGUAUGUCAAUAAGAGUGUGUGAGGAGUGUAUGAGGAGUAUGGUGGCGAUGCCAUCCCUCUGUUCCAUCAUGUGGCUCAAGCGUGGCUCUAAACCGAGGAGAAGUCUCCGCUGUCCUGCCCUCAACACAGGCCAACACUGACCCUCCCCAAAUACAUACACAAACACACACACGUGCUCUCACACACACACACCAGGAACAUGGCUCCUCUCCCUCCCAGCUGAUAGGAGCUGCACACCCCCCAGGUCUCGGUCCAGUCUGCAGGCCCAGGGUUUCAGGCCUCCCCCCACUACACUCACAGACCUGCAGCUGCUGCCCUGAGCCGCCCACCACCGCCGCUGCGGCUACUGCUUCUGCUACUGCUACUGCUGUUCCGCCCGUGGCCUGCAAAUGGCGGCAGAGGACGGCUUCAAGUUCCGCGCGCUCUUCGCUUUGGGGCGCGAGCGGCCGGGGGACCUGGAGCUGGCACCGGGGGACCUGCUGACGGUGGGACCGGGGCUGUGCCAGGCGGAGGGGUACCAGGAGGGGGCGGAGGGCACCCCCGCAAGCUUGGGCUGGCUGUCAGGGGUGAAGGAUCGCACGGGUGAGAGGGGCGACUUCCCCGGAACCUACGUGGAGUACGUGGGCAGGGUCAAGACGGAUACGCCCAGUCCGAUGCCACGCCCACAGAGGCCGCUGCCCCCUACGCCACCAACACACACACAGCUUGGAAAGACUAAGACAGAGGCCAUGGGCCCAGAUCGAACCGCCCCAAUGCCCCCCUCUGAGACCCCUCCUCCCAUUGUGGUGAAACUGGUGGAGGCCAUCGAGAGGAGAGGGUUGGACUCUGAGAUGCUUUACCGGACACACAACCUCAUAGGUGCCGCUGACCAGAAGGAGAACCUAAGUGCUGAGAUCACAGAAGCAGAUCUGAACCACACCAACAUCCAGGCGCUCUCGCAAGGCCUCAUGGGAUACCUGCAGGACCUGCCAUCUCCCAUCAUGCCUUUCUCCGUCUUUCCACAGCUGAAGGCCGCACUGGCAGAGGGGACAGGAGCUUCGGCGGAGGUGACUUCAGGGCUGAUGAAGGUUCUAGAGUCGUGUGGUGUUCCACUGCAGAACCUGCAGACUCUGCAGUACCUGCUGCGACACCUGGAACGUGUGUGUCAGCACUCCCAGCACAACGGCCUCGACAGACACACACUCAGCUGCAUCUUUGGGCCCCUACUGCUGCCCAGCCCACCAUCAGGGCUGGAGGAGGAUGAGCAGGUGCCUGCUCAGGUGCUGGAGAGACUUCUACAGGAGAGGAGCUGGGAGGAAGAGCAGACACCUCCAGCUUUGCCACCCAAACCCUCCAGAGUUGCCCGGAUGCCCUCUGUAACCGAUAGCGACAGCAAGCUGGCAGAGGCUGAGUGGUACUGGGGUGACAUUUCCAGAGAGGAGGUGAAUGAAAAGAUGAGAGACAUGCCAGAUGGAACCUUCCUGGUGCGAGAUGCUUCCAGCAAAGUACAGGGGGAAUACACACUCACGCUCAGGAAAGGAGGCAACAACCGUCUGAUAAAGAUCUUCCAAAGGGGGGGUCGCUACGGCUUCUCUGAGCCCCUCACCUUCUCGUCAGUGGUGGAGCUGAUUCAGCACUAUCACCACGAGUCCCUCGCCCAGUACAACAGCAAGCUGGACACAAGGCUACUGUACCCGGUCUCUAAACACCAGCAGGAUCUCCUGGUGAAGGAGGACAGUAUAGAGGCAGCAGGGGAGCAGCUCAGAGUUUAUCAUGAGCAGUACCAGGAGAAGAGCAGAGAAUACGACUCACUGUAUGAGGAAUACACACACACAUCUCAGGAGCUACAGAUGAAGAGGACAGCCAUCGAGGCCUUCAAUGAGACCAUCAGGAUCUUUGAGGAGCAGUUUGAGACGCAGGAGCGCUAUGGCAAAGAGUACAUGGAGAAGUUUAGCAGGGAGGGCAAUGACCAGGAAGUGCAGAGGAUCCAGAAUAACUCUGAGAAGCUUCACUCACGUGUGACUGAGAUCCACGACAGCAAGCAGAAGCUGGAGCAGGACCUGCAGCAGCAGGCAGCCGAGAACCGCGAGAACGACCGCAAGAUGAACAGCCUCAAGCCAGACCUCAUGCAGCUACGCAAGAUACGAGACCAGUACCUGCUUUGGCUCACACAGAAAGGCACCAAGCAGAAGAAAAUCAAUGAGUGGUUGGGCAUCAGGAACGACACAGAGGAUGUGUGCACGCUCGUGUGUGAGGAGGAGGAGGAGGACGUGGCACACCUGGAUGAGCAGAG